CCAAUGUGUGGGCUGCUCUAUAAAUAGCUCCACCAGGGAACCAAUAGACAGCCGAGCCUGUACUCGCCCCCUGACAGUUUUUCUAAACAAACUUUAUGUCAUUGUCAAGUUGAGAUAUAGAGUUGCUAUUCGUUGAAGAAUAAUAAUAGUGUUUAUUUCUUAUAUUAUCAUUCUGGUUAUUGCAAGAACCAUUUUGUCAACUAACCUCGAUACUAUGGCCGGCAGUGGACAUCUGAAGUUACUACGUCCUGCUGCUUUCUACAUGUUUGCUCCCCUCCGACCCGCGGGGGUACGAGCUGCGGUCAAGGCGACCUUCUGCACCACCGCCCCCCCGCCGAGCAUCAGCCGGUACCCAGUCCCCCCCAAGAAGGACCUACCGGAGGAUAUAGCGGCAGUGAUGGAGGAGGUUGAGACAAAGGGGGGAUUCUUGCCCAAUGUCUUCAAAGCCCUCUCUCACCGACCGGCAGAGUUCCGGACCUUCUUUGCCUACUACAAUGAACUGAUGAACAAGGAGACAGGGGGGCUGACCAAGGCCGACCGGGAGCUGAUCGUGGUGGCCACAAGUAUGCACAACCAGUGUCUCUACUGUGUGGUGUCCCACAGCGCCCUGCACCGGAUUUACUCCAAGAAACCCACUCUGGCCGACCAGGUUGCAGUUAACUACCAGAAUGCUGAGCUGUCGCCACGGGAGCUCGCCAUGCUGGACUUCGCCCUGGCCGUGUGCCGCAGCGACACCAUCACCGACCAGCACUUCCUGUCCCUGGAGGAAGUGGGCUUCGACCGCGAGGAUGCCUGGGACAUCGGGGCUAUUGCGGCGUUCUUCGCCCUCUCCAACCGGAUGGCCCACGUCACCGACAUGAGGCCGAACGUGGAGUUCUACACCCUGGGGCGCGUGGCGCGGCCGAAGGGGGACGGAGGGAGCAAGUGAGGGGGGGGACGGGGGGGGGGACGGGAGAGAGACAGUGACGGGAGACGGAGGGAGGGGGGAUGGAGAGAGACAGUCAGGGGUGGAGGGAGGCAGUGAGAGGGGGAUGGAGAGUGGUGUCGUUCAGGCGGAGGUGAUCCCAGAGCGGUUAAUGGGCCACUGUUUCUGUAUCUUUAAAUGCUGACUGUUCGUUGAUUAUGGAUGGUAAACUUCUAGGUCAUAAUAAUCUUUGUUAUUGACACAUCAUGAGUGAUAUUAAUCAACACACAUGGAGAGGUUCUGAUUUUUGUCGAGAUUCUGCCUUCUCUUCAUCCAGCUCCAAGGAAAAUUUUGAAUAGCUAUUUCUCUCCUUCAAUAAGGAAUUACAAAGUUUGAUACUCUGUCACUGCUUCUACAGAAUUUGCUACCAAAAAAUAUGUAUGUUCUUAAGAAAAGCAUAAAUUAAAAGUUUCCACCAUCUGUCACCAAUGCCCUCAGUCAUGUCAUGUAACCGUCACUAGGUGGUGUCCCCACACCACUACCGUCCUAAAGGCCUUAGGUUUGUCUCCUCCGUGAGUCGCUCGGCAGACUGCGUGGUUUAUGUUUAUGUUUGAGAUCGGAACAAAAGAAAAAGGUAUUUUCAGAGCUCCAUAAUUCUUUUAAAUGUUUCUAACACGCUGAAAAUUUCUGGGUCCAGUUUGAGUUCAACUGUGCUGAAAUAUCAGCCAAUUUAACCAGAUAAGAAACCAAGUUUAAAAAUGUUCCCAUUUUGUCAUAAGGAGUCAAUACACUUUAACACACGGUUUUUAUCAUGUUGGGGAGCCACGCUUAUUCCCUCAUGAAAAAUAAGAUAGAAGAAAGACAAAUGGAACUAGAAAAUGCGGUGAGUGCUGUAGUAGAAAAGUGAGGUUGAAAAUAUUUAUAAGGUAGUGGCUAUUCGUACGGCGACCGUAAGAAUAGCAAUUAGGCUAUUCGUACGGCGCGCCGUAAAAAAUACUGUAUUAGUCUAUUUUCACGGCAGGUUAUGGUUAAAGGGUUAG